GCGAUUGCGUGUAAACAAACAACGUCAUUAGCGCUAGAUUUCAAACUCAGCAAAGAGACGUGAAGAAUUCAGCCAUUGCGGAUCUUUUAAUAAACUUCUCCACAGCGAGACACUUGCUGUAGUCAGACUUGUAAAAUAAACGCAGCUGAUGGCUGAGAGGGGGAAAGAGGCGCCCAACCCAAUUCUUUUGUGCUGCGAAGCGCCUUGUGAUUUCAUUGAGAUUUUCCCGGGCUGGUAGACGCAUACUAUAAUGGACUCUCUCGCAUUGUAUCUCCCCGUGACUCGUUUUCGGCUGGUUAAAACGGAUAAAACGGUCUCUAGUUGUCUGUUGUUUUGACCCUUGGGAAUUGGCAGGGCAUUUCUCUCUGAUCAUCAGGACAGGUCCCAAUGAAAAUGCACGGGAGAAACAGGUACAACCUGGUGGACGAUGUUGCAGAUUCACGGGUCCCGCUUCAUAACGAAGAAGCGUAUCAACACGGAAUACACUUCCAAGCCAAGUAUGUGGGCAGUCUGGAUGUCCCGAGACCCAACAGUCGCAUGGAGAUCGUCGCUGCUAUGAGAAGAAUCAGGUACGAGUUCAAGGCUAAAAGCAUCAAAAAGAAGAAAGUGAGCCUGGUGGUUUCAGUAGAUGGAGUCAAAGUGAUCCUACGCAAGAAGCCCAAGGCAUAGGAAAGAGUGGACGUGGGAUGAGAGUAAGAUGCUGGUUAUGCACGACCCCAUAUACAGGAUCUUCUAUGUAUCCCAUGAUUCCCAGGAUCUGAAGAUUUUUAGCUAUAUUGCACGUGAUGGAUCCAGCAACUCAUUCAGAUGCAAUGUGUUUAAGUCCAAAAAGAAGAGUCAGGCCAUGCGGAUAGUGCGGACAGUCGGCCAGGCAUUUGAGGUGUGCCAUAAGCUGAGUUUGCAGCAUGCUGAGCAGAAUACAGAUGAGCAGCUAGACGGCCCUGCAGACGGCCAAAGCGAUCAGUCUGGAGAAGAGCCCAGCACUGAAGGUCGACAGAUAACAGGAAUGGAACGUGAUGAUGUAACAGAGUCGCAGUCGACGAAGCUCAGCGAGCAAGCUAUGGAUGACAUUCUUCAGAGCCUGUCAGAGCUCAACGUGGUGAAAACUGGACAAACCCUCCAGUCUUUACAAGAUCUGGAGGGUGUCUCUCUCUACACAUUAUCUGACAGCAACUCUUGCUGCCCUACACUCACACCAUUGGCUACCCAGCACCACCUGCAGUUACUUCAACAGCAGUUGCUGCAGCAGCAACAGCAAACACAGAUCGCUGUAGCUCAGGUGCAGCUCCUGAAGGAUCAGCUGGCAGCAGAAACGGCCGCUCGCAUGGAGGCGCAGGCCAGAACUCACCAACUGCUCCUGCAGAACCGUGAUUUACUGCAACACACAGCCCUGCUGAUGAAACACCUCAGCCAGCUGGAGAUCACAUUCAACAACACAACAAAGAAUGAAGAAUCACCACGGAAGAGUUUGCCCACACGUUCUUUCUCUCUUAAUCUCAAAAACAUCUACAGUCCUCGCUCAGAGCAGCCCAUCACUUCCACUCCAGCAGGACAGACAGUAAACCCACCUGCAUCCUCGUAUGCUGAGUCAUACCUCAAUCUGCUCAACCUCCGUGGUGUAGCUGCCAUCACAAGCAAUGGGAAGCCAGCGAAUGCAAAAAGCGAAGAGAGACUGGAAGCGGCAAGAAAAGAAGUCGCUAAGCUGGAGCCUAGAAAUUCAACAGCAUUUGAUGAGAGGUUUACGCAAAUCAUCCCUAAGCUGGACCCUCCUCCCCAGCCGCUCAACCGCAAGCGCUCAAACAGGACUCUCUCAACGGGUGUAGAGACCGAGUCAAUAUCUUCAACUGUGGCCACUCCAAUAAAUGGGAAUGCACUAAAUGUGAGCAGCAGCUCCUCCUUCCCUGACAUCACACUGUGCUCUGGCGACAGUGCAUUGUGUUCAGUUAGCGAAGAUUCGGGUGUACGCUCAAAUGAUAAAUCCCUGCAAUCCCGCCAGUCCAGAGAUGAUCCUUCUGAUGACCAGAGCUCUGUUUUAAUCUCUACAUCCAGCACCUGCAGCAGCCUCCCUGAGGAUCAUCUAUCUGCAGACGGUGUGACUCCACCUCAUUCUGCCACACCCAUCGGCUAUGAGGAAACAAUUCGGUUUUCUUCACCCUUAAAUGAAACCUGUCUUCAUAUCAGCCUGAGUGAAGAUGAGCUUUUGGAGGACUCCACCUAUAACAUCACCGCCCCAUGCAGGAGUUAGAGAAACUCCAAGCAAACGUUUUGUUAUAGAAGCAUAGAGAAUAUUUCAUGACUGAAGCCUCUUCAUGGCCUGAUGUGAUAGAAGCCACAACCUCACACUGUUAUUAUAUAUAUAUAUCAAGGUAAUAUCUACAAUACCCUAAAAGGAUUUGUAUCUAUACAAUUUGCUGAAAAAAAAUUUAGUAUAACAAAGAGUAGAGUAUUAUUGGCAAAUGGAUAGAGUGUAUUUUUUUAGAUUGAAAAUGAAUAGUUUUAUUUUUAGCCUUCAAGCAAGCAAUGAAAGGAGUGAAUUUACCCGCACUAAGAUUAUAGGAACUGCUCUAGUUUGUGCUAUAGCUGUGUGUUUGUCUUUAGGUUGUUCAUGGUUGUGUUGUUACCAGUUCAGGUCCAGUGUUUACACUGAUGUUUACUGUAAUUCAGAUGGAUUUAUAUUGUUCAUAUGUUUUUGGGCCAUGGCCUAAUGGUUGGAAAUUUGGGGUUUUAACCCGCAGGACGCCAGUUUGAUUCUAAAAGCUGGCAGGUAGCGACUGAAAGACACCUUUUCCCUGUAGGUGUGUUCACAAUUUGCAGUAGUGCAUGUGUUCACUACUCAAUUCGAUGGUUUAAAUGCAGAGGUCAGAUUUUGAUUAUAGGUUUCACUUUUUGGAUGUUGAAAAACAGUUACAGUAUGUUGUUAAGAAAAACAGAAUGAAAAAGGGGAGUGUUAGCAUGAAAAAGUCCUAGGACAAUUAAAAAACAAUGUUUGAGAAACACAAAGAAAUCUAAGAAAACAUGCCCAUUUAGGUGAAAAAACAUAUUGUUUACACUGGCAGACAAUUUGUUUCAUAUACAGACAAUGUACAGAUGGACAGAUUUCCUUUAACAUACUAUAUACUUAAAAAACUAAUUUAAUUGGAUUUAAGAAUACUUAAAUUUCCUUUUUAACUCAAAGCUGUGAAAUGUCUGCCACCAGUGGUGUAGUGGUGCCUGGAAAAGUGGAUAUACUCUUAAUUAGAGGUGGGUAUACCCCAUGCCAUCUAAUAAAAAAGAAGUAGGUAUACUCUGUAUACCUGUGUAUACCCUGCGCACUACACCACUGUCUGCCACUUACUGAAUGCUUUUCAUUGUUCCCAAAAGGCAACAAUGACAUAGCAAACAAAUGUUUAAAGACAAAGUGAAGGUGCAAUGUGGGACUUUUAGAAGGAUUUGUUGACAGAAAUGCAAUAUAAUAUACAUAACGAUAUUAUUAGUGGUGUAUAAAGACCUUACAAAAUGAACUGUAUUGUUUUUAUUACCUUAGAAUGAGCCGUUUUUAUCUAUACACCCUGUGGGUCCCCUUACAUGGAAGUUGCCGCCAUAUUUUGCAGUAGCCCUAAAUGGACAAACUGUUCUACAGAGCGCGUUUCCUCCCUAAGUUGUCUCUGACGAUGACAUGUUUGUCCUGUGGCAGCUACUGUAGCUGCUCAUUGCAUUUCAAAAAUGAGGUUGGUUGCACCACUAGAUGGCGCUAAAAAUACAUUACACACCAUUAAAAGAGGCAAAUUGGAUGGAAGGACGAAAAAAGGGUAUUUCUGUCUUAAUGAAAAAAAAACAGGUGUGAGCACAUGCUGAUAUUUAUGACACUCGGAGGAGAAGGGAGGUGGAAGUAAAGAGAAGAAAAAUAGAUAGAAAAAAGAAAUUGUGUUUGCAAUUCUAUUGUUAAAAUAUAACAGCAAGAACUUUGGCAAUUAAGGACAUGAAUAAACUGACAAGUUUGUCUCUGUACCUUCAUUAAUCUCAACCACUUUCAUUCAUUUCAUAUUUUCUUACUUAAAAUAAGGAAUAAAAUGUGUCAUGUUUUUUAAAAUAUGCAUUUUGUAAUCAGACUUUUGUUUAGGUUCAGUAAUUUUCCUUUAAUGGCAAUGAAAGGUACCGAGCCCCUAAGGUGACAUUGGAGUAAAAAAAUCUAAAGUGUAAUGCUCACGCGAAACCUUCAUGUGCAGAAUUUUUUUUAACGUUUAAUUUUGCUUGCUCAUGUGAAACUAUCGCGUGCGCACGUGAAACAAACUUAAUUUAAUUUUUGCUACAUGUCCCCUUAGCGGCUCCUAACAAAGGUUAUUAGUCAGUAAUAAAAAAUUCCUUAUUUCACAAAUGUCACUUAAGUCAUCUCAAUGGUAUUUAACACAUUUGACUGUCUUUCACUGCAAAGUCCUCUAAGUGCAUGCAAGCUUUUUUUGCAUAAAAUCUCCAGUUCUAAACAAGUCUCCAGAAUCUAUCAAAAUCUAUCAAUAUCCUUUAAUACUCAGAUAAUCUCAUUUUAAUAGCUUGCCAAAAAUGAAAAUAUUUUGGUUUCCUAAAGACGAGGGGACACGACAGGCAUGAAUAACCACUGUGCAAAGAGAGUUUUAGCAGCUUGGCAAGAAUUUAAGGAUCUGUAGCUGACAUAUAGGCUACAUAUUACACUGUAACAUUAGCUCAGUGUAGUAGUUGAUAUGCUUUAGCAAUGAUUUGAAUUAAGAUAAUGUUGCUUGUUAUCAGAAAAAAUCUACUCUAGAGGGACUUUGUUGCUAUUGAAUCUUUGUGGAAGUCUACUGGAAGUUAAGUUUGGGCCACAAAAGCGGUUUGUAUUGUUGCUACUGAAACCGUCUAUACACAACACAUUGGUCUUUGGGCAUCUGUUGAAACAGGGAUAGAACUUGUAAACAAGCAAUUUGUUCAAACAUUUUUAUUUAAAGAGCAACUCUAACUGUAAGUGUGUAUAAGUACAUGUUAACAAUAUGCAAAAGGUACCUACCCCAAAGUAAACAAUGACGGGAGUUAUCUUUCCAACAUAAAUCUAUUUUCUUGGACUGCAACAAACAAACUAAUAUUCAUUAGUUAUCACAGAAAUGUUUGUAGUUCCACCUGUGUGUGUGUUUCUGCUGAAGUAUCGAUACCCCUAACUUUAUGGUUAAAAAAAAUUAUGUUUUGUUAGUUACUUUGUGUUAAAAGUGAAGCAUACAACGAGUCUUUAUAUUACAUUCACUAAAUAAAGAAAGGCACUUGAAUAUGUAUAGAAAAAGUUCAUCUUAGCUUAAUCUUAUAAAAACAGGUUACAAAUACA